AUGGGCAGACAGAACAGCUUGGAGGAGGUCUUCUUCAUCCUGCUCGGGCUCUCCCAGUACCCACGGGUGCAGACCACCUUCUUCUGCCUGUUCCUCAUGUUCUACGUCUUCACACUUUUGAGGAACAGCCUCAUCCUGCUCCUGAUCUGCUCUGACCCCCGGCUCCACAUGCCCAUGUACUUCUUCCUCAGCAACCUCUCCUUCCUGGACAUGUGCUACACCACAUCCAGUGUGCCCCAGAUACUUGUCAACUCCUUGGUGACCAGUCCCGUCAUCUCACUAGGACAGUGCGUGGCCCAGAUGGCCAGGGGACUUGAUCUGGGUGUUGUGGAACGCCUCCUGCUGGCCGCCAUGGCUUAUGAUCGCUGUGUGGCCAUUGGUGACCUGCGCUACUCUGUGCGCAUGGGGCCCUGCAUGUGCUGCCUGUUGGCUGGGACCUUGUGGACUGCUGCCCUCCUGCUGACUGUGGUCCUCGUGCUGACCAUGCCCUUGGAGUUCUGUGGCCACCAUGUCAUCAACCAUUUCUCGUGUGAGCUCCUGGCCCUGCUCAAGCUCACUUGCUCUGACCUGCACUUCUACGAAUCGCUCAUGGUAGGCCCCGGUGCCCUGAGCCUGCUGGCUCCCUGUGCCUUCAUCGUGGCCUCCUACGGAAGGAUCCUGGUGGUCGUGCUGCAGAUGCACUCCGCGGAGGGCCCUGGCAAGGGCUUCUCCACGUGUGGCUCUCACCUCACUGUGGUGGCCCUCUUCUGUGGCAUGGCCAUCUCCAUGUAUAUGAUGCCUCAAGACAAGACCAUGAGUGAUAGAAACAAGAUCGUUUCCAUGUCCUACGAGUCCUCACCCCUAUGCUGA